ACAGCUGAUCAUGAUCGUCGAUGAGCCACGAAUUUUAUCUUCUCAAAUCAGUGUUUGAAAAGUUUGAAAAUUAUGUUCAUUCAGACAUCUGUGGUCUUGUCCUUCUCUUGCUACAAACAGUAACAGGAAUGAUAAAAGGCCAAGGCGUGAAAAGGUGCUGUGUGCUGCUCCGUGGGGAAUAUAAGGCCGACCACCUGCCUCCUGUGUUUCGGCAAUUUGUUCGUCAUGACAAAGGAUUUUACGCUCCUGGCAGAAAGACCUUUAUAGACUACAAACGAGUUAACUUUACCGGUGGCAAUGGUGGAGAUGGCUGCGCUAGCCUGCACAGGGCGGCUAACUUGCCGAAACUUGGCCCCGACGGUGCUGACGGCGGUGUGGGCGGCUCGGUCAUUCUCCGGACCAACCACAACAUCAAGUGCCUGAAAGGCCUCAUGCCGCAGUACAAAGCGGACAGAGGGACUGCAGGCUCCUCAGGACGAGCGACCGGUCGACAAGGCAAGGAUGUCGUUGUGGAGGUGCCCGUCGGCACUAUAGUCCGCGACACCAAGACAAAGGACGUGCUGUGUGAUCUGGUGUACGACGAACAGGAGUUCUUUAUCGCUAGGGGCGGCCAUGCGGGCGUUGGCAACAUGCACUUCAAGAACUCGGUCUACCAGGCGCCGCGUGAAUCAAUCCAAGGCGGGGCUGGUGAGAAGGUCUUUGCCGAGCUGGAGAUGAAGUGCAUUGCUGAUGUCGGCUUGGUUGGCUUCCCGAAUGCGGGCAAGUCGAGCUUUCUGAGGGCGGUUUCCAAGGCCAGGCCGAAGGUUGCCGCCUACCCGUUCACCACACUUCAUCCGCACAUCGGCAUGGUGGAGUUCCCGGAUGAGGAGCUUAUGAGCAUCCCAGUUGCCGAUAUCCCAGGGCUCAUUGAAGGUGCACACGAAAAUAAAGGUCUGGGCCACUCGUUCCUCAAGCACAUUGAGCGUUGCUCGUCGCUGCUGUAUGUAAUUGACACGUCCAUGGGCUUGGAGUUUGCUAAGACCCAGUAUGACAAGCUGGUGUUUGAGCUGGAAAUGUAUAAGGAGGGCCUGUCCAAACAUCCGUCGGCCGUCAUCGCAUCGAAGAUGGACAUCUCCGAAGACCUGGGCAGGACACUGCGCUGUCUGCGCGAGCACACCAACCUCCCGGUAGAGUGCUGUUCAUCAGUCACGGACCAACGCAUUGAAGAUGUCAAGCUGUUUCUGCGCCAGUUCCAGCGCAAGGUGCAGAAAGCUCCGGCAGCCAAAGCACCGCCACCAGGUACUAUUCUGAAUAUGGAAGGCAAGCCGUCCCUGCUCAACUUGUUCAGGAAUUUCCCCAAAGUUCCUGAGCGACCGAAAAAUGAGUAGAGGCUUCCAAGCAUUUUCCCAUACACACCAACAUUGCCCUGUGCCAGUCCUUGUCGCAGAUGUUCAAUUCACUGCCUGGCACGCCAGACAUAUACAGUGGCCAAGAGUGGCAAGAUGAUCUCCAUCAGCUUGAUGCUAUCCAAGGGACGGUGAACUCUGGGGCUGUGCUUGGGUUUCUGGCCAUCUCCCCACCGCGGUGGGGUUCAGCGCAUCAGAGGUCACCAAGUUGCCACGGAGCAAGCUGCCAUUGACUGCGUGUUCUUUCAAAGCACAGCCUGCACAUGUGUGCUUGUAUGGCGGAGUCCUCCGGAGCAUUGCUGUACUGGACUGUGGCUAUUUCUUCUGACUGCUCCAUCACGAGAACGGUUGCUGUGUGGCUCUAACCCAUGCAAUGCACUCUCUCCGCUUGCUAAAGUCCAGCAAGAUAACUAGAAUGUACAUGUAUGUACAUGGACAUCUUAGGCAGAGGAGCAACCAGUGUUACACGUAGGUGUAUUAGCUGCGUGAGUAGCAUGAAAUGAUCGUACUUCCUGGUGAGUACUGCUGGUAUGGUAGAUCUACCGCAUGCGAAUAAUAUUUAUCAUUCUGCCUUGUUCUGCGCUGUUUUCUCCAACGCGCACGCUCGGCAGUCUUUUUCCAUCUACUAGCACGUGCUGUGCAGGUAUUAACCUUCUUCAUCUACAGCAAUAACAACACAAAUUGAUACAUUGUCAUCACUUUGUAACAUAUCUAAAAACCCUU